AUGAUGUACUUCACCGAUAAGUUAGAAAUGUGGACCCUUGGACGAGAGAAAAUCACCUAUCUGGGAAAGCGUAAUGUAUUCACGCACUUCAAUCGGAUGACUUCCAGUGGAUCAGUUGUGAUAAAAUUUAAUCAUAUCGUAAAUUUUCCAACCGGACAUUUCAGUUUACGCUUUCGCGCUGACGAAUCACAGGUAAAAUCACAAUGCGGUGAAUACUUCAAACAUUCAUCAGGCAUCAUUUCCCACACGAACUACGGCAAUUUCGAAGGAACCGCACGUUGUUGCUUGUGGAUCAUUGAGGCUGGUGUCCAAGGACAAGUCAAUUUGAAUUUUUUGGAAUUAGGUCUGAAUGACUAUCCAUUUGACUACGUGAAGCUGUGGACCAUCGAAGGCGGUCGAUUCGAACUGAUUGAUGUCUACCCUGAGGGGAAUCGGCCACAAUCCCCACCUAAGCUGAAACGAUCCGUCCUCAUCUACUUCCACGCGGAUGAUAUCGGUGCUGCUCCGAGGCUUACAAUACAAUUCAAAAAAGGUAAGAUUUGGGCGCAUGGCAGUAGUGUAAAAUUACACGAGAAGUUCGCGGAAUGA